AUGAGUUCUACACCUCCGUCUUCUCUACGUGACUUAUACACCUCCCCAUCCGAUGCUUGGUCUUUUCUCCCACCACCUAGUUCUUCCGAGAAUUCGACCGUCUUUUCCCCAUCAUCUACGCCAUCGUACGAAUGGUCUACUCGCACCAGGUCGAACCCGCUGUUCGAGCUGUCCACCUCUAUCGGGAAUGAUUCUGCCUUGAAUACAAAUAUCAUCAUUACUGUGAAAGGCCUACUGGCUGCGGCGUUCUUGCAGUAUGCGACCACGGCACUCGUCAUGCCACUUGAUGUAGGGAAGACACUACUCCAGGUCCAGUGGGUUCCAAGAGACGCGGGAGAGGUAGUACCCGGAGCGGUGUUGACGACUGAUGUAGUGGAUGAGGAAGAAGAGCUCAGCGACUCGUCGAACGAAUACUUCGCGGACCCCAGUAAACCCGACUCCUCUCCAUCCAUCCCUCCAAGGCUGUCCGAUGAGAGGGGAUAUGUCGUCAGGCAGUCGGUCCUGGAGGAGGGUACCAUACCUGAAUACGUCAUCCCAGUCGGCAGUGCAGCUGGUUCGUGGGGAAUGGCGAAGCGGUUAGGACGAUUUCGCGCAGAAGGCUGGUUGUCGCUUUGGAAAGGCCUGUUGACAUCCAGCGUCAGCGAUGCGCUUUCAGUGGGUUUGCAACCAUUGAUCCACGCUGUCCUCCAAUCCGUGCUCUCCCCCGCUCUUCCUUUAUUGUCGACUUCCCCCAUGCAACCACUACUUCUCCCUGUAGCCUCUCACGUCCUGACAGGCUUCUUCCUCUCUCCUCUCGACCUCAUCCGCACUCGCCUCAUCGUGCAGUCUGCAAUGCCGCGGUAUCGCACCUACUCUGGGCCCAUCGACGCCCUCCGCCAGAUCCUCUCCCACGAGGGCGGCCUCAAGGGCGUGUACUUCCAUCCACACCUCCUCAUCCCGACGCUGCUCGACUGCACCCUCCGCACACUCGUCCCGCUCACGCUCCCAGGGCUCUUCGCGUCAUACCUUAGCUUCGGCGGCGCGCCGCUGACGCCCGAGACGCGCCCGUUCAUGUGGAGCGUCGCGGAGCUUCUCGGCGGCUUCGCGGGGCUGCUCAUCACGCUCCCGAUCGAGACCGCGCGCAGGCGGCUGCAGGUGCAGGUACGUGGGACCGCGAAGCCGCUCAAGGCGUGCGUGGAGCUGCGCCCUGCGCCUUAUAACGGCGUCGUCGACGCGCUGUGGCAUAUCCUCACGGAGGAACGGUCAGACCUUCCGCUGAAGCCCAAGAAACGGCAUCGGCGGCACUCGAGCGGGAAGGCGAAGGGUAAAGAGAAAGAGAAGACUGCGGAGGAGCCUGAGGAUGUUUAUGAGAACGAGAGUUGGUUGAGGAACACGGGCGCCGGUCAGCUGUAUCGUGGACUGGGUAUUCGAAUGGCGGCGAGCGUUACUGUGUUCGUACUCGGGAUGCUCAGCGGUGACGAACCGGAUGUGGGGUGGGCAGAGUUGUAA